AUGUUUGCUGCGCCGAGGACGCAGCUCUGAGGACUGGAACCUGCAGUAGCCAGACCAAGUCACACAGAGGACUUUGUUUAAGCUUCUCUACACCUGCCGACGCGUUUCUGUCUCACCCCGUCAGUCUGUCGUCUCAUGUUACUCACAUUCCAGUCGGCGUUUCACCUUUAAUUGUGAACCUUCAGCGGGAGUGGCUCCGGGUGACCUCAGGGUGCGGUGCGCCCUGAGCCGCUGCGCACUGGUGUGUGGGUGAGGGUGAGCGCAUAGGUGGGAUCUGAGACAAUGGGUGUGUAGCGACGGCGCAGGAAAACAAAAACCAGCCAAAGAAGAAGACGAAACCUGGACCUAACGCGGUUUUAGGGUUUUAACUUAAACAUGUCCAAGCGCGUCAGACCCGGUUACUACCGACAAGAAGUCAACAAAACCUCGUGGGAAGUGCCGGAUCGUUACCGGGAUCUGAGGCAGGUGGGGACCGGAGCGUACGGGACGGUUUGCUUGGCGGUGGACUCCAGAACAGGAGCCAAAGUGGCGAUCAAGAAACUGUACCGACCGUUCCAGUCCGAGCUUUUCGCCAAACGGGCCUACAGGGAGCUGAGGCUUCUCAAACACAUGAAGCACGAGAACGUGAUUGGCCUGUUAGAUGUGUUCACUGCUGACCUCUCCCUGGACAGAUUCCACGAUUUUUACCUGGUGAUGCCGUUCAUGGGGACAGAUCUGGGGAAGCUGAUGAAGCUGCAGAGACUGUCAGAGGAAAAAAUUCAGUAUUUGGUUUAUCAGAUGCUCAAAGGGCUGAAGUAUAUUCAUUCAGCUGGUAUAAUUCACAGGGACCUCAAACCAGGAAAUCUCGCCAUCAACCAAGACUGUGAGCUCAAGAUUUUGGACUUUGGUUUGGCGCGGCAGGCAGACAGCGAGAUGACUGGCUACGUGGUGACUCGCUGGUACAGAGCCCCGGAGGUCAUCCUGAGCUGGAUGCACUACACUCAGACUGUGGACAUUUGGUCUGUGGGCUGCAUCAUGGCCGAGAUGCUGCAGGGAAAACCUCUUUUUAAAGGCAGCGACCACCUCGAUCAGCUGACUGAGAUCAUGAAAAUCACAGGAACACCAACUCAGGAAUUUAUUUCAAAACUAGAAUCCGAGGAUGCUAAAAGCUACAUCAAAAGUCUUCCCAAAGUGGAAAAGAAAGACCUCCAGAAGGUGUUUUCCACAACUAAUCCACAAGCCGUGUCUGUGCUGGAGCACAUGUUGCUGCUGGACCCGCAGAGCAGGGCGACCGCUGCCGAGGCCCUCACGCUCCCCUACUUCACUGAGUUCAGGGAAACGGAGGAGGAGACGGACGCGCAGCCGUACGACCACUCGUUAGACCACACAGACCUGCCGCUGGACCAGUGGAAACGUCACACCUUCACAGAGAUCUUGACUUUCAAACCCGUUGUGCCCGAAUCCAAGGAAACCUCACUGUGAGACACAAAGCAGCUUGGGACCAAACCAUACGAACACGACUUCUUCAUCUUCAGUUCCAAACCUCUCUGAUCACAAGAAUUAAUGAAUGACCACAGACCCAGUUCUCCUCCUGCUGUGUCUCUGGUUACCUCGCUGUUUGUUGCCGUCAUCGCAAAACACCAAUUUCUUUUCUUUUAAGAUAAUAUCCAAGUACAACUUCAGUUUUCAGUCAGGCUGGUAUGUAAACGUACAUUGCUCCUUACCUGUGAAUCGAGAAAUACCAGUCGACACAGUUAACUUUAAAGAAAACAGAAAUUGUUGAAAAGACGUGUCGUCUCUAUGUGUCUGCUGUGACCUGGUCUCUCCUCGCAGUGGCCUUAAUGAUAAAGAUCUGCAGCUUUUGUGAAAUCCACCGCAGCAGGUUAUAGGUCUUUUUAAAUUUUAAACCAAAAACACAUGAGAUAAAUGUCAAGAUGUUGUUUUUUAUGAAACAGAAAGUUGCACAAAACCCAUUUUCUAUGUUGGCUCGUGAGUGAAUGUUUCUAACACCACCCCUGUAUUUUUUAAUAUUAAAGAUUCCCUUUGAA